GCACAUUUGAUUGUUGUCUGGUGGCAGCAGGUAGUUGGGAGGAGCGUUCGUCAAGGCUAUUGCACCAGGAGAUUGCAGCCAGUCAAGCAGCAGCGCAGAGAGCGGGAGGGGGAGCUGCAGGUGCCAAGCAUUCGGCAACGAACCAGAAGCUGGGGAUGAGCCUAGAGGAGGCCAAGCAGAUUCUGAAUGUUGAGGAACUUGACCUUGAAAAGGUGCAGAAGAACUACGAGUAUCUGUUUAACAUCAACGACAAAAGCAAAGGCGGGUCCUUCUAUAUUCAAAGCAAGAUGCCCAGAGGAGGAGCAUGGAGGAGCCUAAGUGCAGCAAGGUUCUCACCUGGGAUAUGGGCAAGGGUACCUUUAUCUCAAAGCACCUGCCCAGCCCUGUCCAUAAGGCACUUUGCCACAGUCCCCCUCACAUGGGAUAAUGUGCUGUCUGAGCAAAACCGUAAUCGCUGUGUCUCUUACAUGGAGAAGAUGAGGAAGCCAAAAAAGUUGAAAUGGGAAACCAAUAGAUUUGCCUCUGUCCUGAUUCCUCUUUGUCAUGUAGAGGGAGAGCUGGCUGUACUCUUUACAGUGAGGUCUGUUCAGCUAAGUAAGCACCGUGGGGAAGUGAGCUUUCCUGGGGGGAUGGCAGACCCCGAUGAUAAAGACAUCAUAGAUACUGCUCUGAGGGAAACAGAAGAAGAAAUUGGCAUAUCAAGGUCAUGUAUUGAUGUCUGGGGAGUGAUGCCCAGCAUACCCAGUAGGGCUCGUAAUACUGCUGUCAAGGGGGUUCUGGCUUACAUUGGGGAGGUUGACUCCAGCUCAUUCACAAUAUCGGAGAAUGAAGUCGAGUCUGUGUUUGCGGUGACGCUUAAAAACCUUUGCGAUCCCGAAAACGCAAGGCAGUGCCAGUUCCGCUCGAGGGAUAUAAAAGGAGGUUAUACCAUUCCUGUGUUCCUGGGAUCAGAGCCUCGUGUUUGGGGUUUGACUGCCAUUAUUUUGCACAUAGCUCUCUCAUCACUCCUUCCUGGGCUCUAUAAGAACAAGCUUGUUCAUCUGCCACAGCUGAUGGAAUGAAUAGUUGCUCUUAGCACUGGAAUAGAGUAUUAUAUUUUUAUAAGUUUGAUUUCCUAUAGCUAAAUGUGUCUUUGUAUAUUAUGGGUAGAAACAAAAACAUUUUAUCCGAGGUGCUGAUUAUAGAAUGAGUGAAAGUUGAUCUUGAUAUCAUGGAAAGAACUCAUGUAAA